AUGAUGCCCUAUACCAUGAUGCCCUAUACCAUGAUACCCUAUACCAUGAUGCCCUAUACCAUGAUGCCCUAUACCAUGAUACCCUAUACCAUGAUGCCCUAUACCAUGAUACCCUAUACCAUGAUGCCCUAUACCAUGAUGCCCUAUACCAUGAUACCCUAUACCAUGAUACCCUAUACCAUGAUGCCCUAUACCAUGAUGCCCUAUACCAUGAUACCCUAUACCAUGAUGCCCUAUACCAUGAUGCCCUAUACCAUGAUACCCUAUACCAUGAUGCCCUAUACCAUGAUACCCUAUACCAUGAUGCCCUAUACCAUGAUGCCCUAUACCAUGUAUGCCCUAUACCAUGAUACCCUAUACCAUGAUACCCUAUACCAUGAUACCCUAUACCAUGAUACCCUAUACCAUGAUGCCCUAUACCAUGAUACCCUAUACCAUGAUGCCCUAUACCAUGAUGCCCUAUACCAUGAUACCCUAUACCAUGAUACCCUAUACCAUGAUACCCUAUACCAUGAUGCCCUAUACCAUGAUGCCCUAUACCAUGAUACCCUAUACCAUGAUACCCUAUACCAUGAUGCCCUAUACCAUGAUGCCCUAUACCAUGAUGCCCUAUACCAUGAUGCCCUAUACCAUGAUAACCUAUACCAUGAUGCCCUAUACCAUGAUACCCUAUACCAUGAUACCCUAUACCAUGAUGCCCUAUACCAUGAUACACUAUACCAUGAUAGACUUGAUACUUGGUGUGUUAGCAAAUCAUUAUACCUUAAUACAGUACUUGUAUUCUAAGUGAGGGUAUGUAAAUCGAACAGUUGAUUAGCAUGUGAUUGAAUAGAGGUGUAAUCCUGGUGCUUUUCACGUGUUGACGUGUGGGUGUGAAUCACUACAUGGAUUUGUGUUGACUCCCUGUUGUGUUCAACUAGCGCCGUGUUUGUGGCAAUGUAAACAUCCUAUAUCAUGAGAUGUAAAUACAGACGUACUCAUCCACUCAUCAAGAGAAAGAUUCUGAGGUACUCAGGAGUACUGUUGUCUGCUGAUACGGGACCAAUAAAGACCUAGUUCACCCAUUUUUGUGGAAAAAAGUUUUUAUAUAAAAAUGUAUAUGUUUUUUUUAAUGAUUUAUCAGGAGAUAGCACUCUCAGCACCCCCUACUUCCAGCGGCUAUGGAAUCAACUACUGUUAUUUAUGAGCUCCAACGGAAAGGUUUUGUGUUCGUCCCAAAUGGCACGCUAGUCCCUAAUGUGGUGAACUACUUUAACUAGAGCCCUAUGGGAUCCUGGUCAAAAGUAGUGCACUAUAUAGGAAAUAAGGUGCAUUUUGGGAUGCAGACUAUAUGAUGUAUGAGUUGAAAUAAAUACAUAAUCACUCACAUUUACAUCUAGCUCUCACAGUCUCACGUCAGAAUUAGAUAUUCAUACAUGUUUCUCAAACGUCAAAUUUCGAAGUUGUUCCAAAAGUCAAAUUUCAAAGUGUUUAAACGUUAAGUUUAGGCAUUAACUCUGAACUUUUAAGGUUAGGUUUAACUUUAGGUGUUUAAUAGUUUUGAUGUCUUCACUAUUAUUCUACAAUAUAAAAAAUAGUAGAAAUAAAGAAAAACCCUUGAAUGAGUAGGUGUGUCCAAACUUUUGACUGGUAGUGUAUAUACAGACUGUAGCCUACAAUUAGCUAAAUAGAACUCAAUUGAAUUAUCAUGUAAUUGAUUUCAAUAUUACUGAAUUAUAUAGCUCAGCAUUCAACACCAUAGUCCCAUCCAAGCUCAUCAUUAAGCUCGAGGCCCUGGGUCUGAACCCCGCCCUGUGCAACUGGGUCCUGGACUUCCUGAUGGGCCGCCCCCAGGUGGUGAAGGUAGGAAACAACACCUCCACUUCUCUGAUCCUCAACACUGGGGCCCCACAAGGGUGUGUGCUCAGCCCCCUCCUGUACUCCCUGUUCAUCAAGUUUGCAGACGACACAAUGGUCCACUCACGCUGACAGUGUGGUAAAGAAUGCGCAACAGAGCCUCUUCAACCUCAGGAGGCUAAAUACAUUUGGCUUGGCACCUAAAACCCUCACAAACUUUUACAGAUGAACAAUUGAGAGCAUCCUGUCGGACUCUAUCACCGCCUGGUACGGCAACUGCACCGCCCGCAACCGCAGGGCUCUCCAGAGGGUGGUGCGGUCUGCCAAACACAUUACCGGGGGCAAACUACCCGCCCUCCAGGACACCUACAGCACCCUAUGUCACAGGAAGGCCAAAAAGAUCAUCAAGGACAUCAACCACCCAAGCCACUGCCUGUUCACCCCACUAUCAUCCAGAAGGCGAGGUCAGUACAGGUGCAUCAAAGCUGGGACAGAGAGACUGAAAAACAGCUUCUAUCUCAAGGCCAUCGGACUGUUAAAUAGCCAUCACUAGCACAUUAGAGGCUGCUGCUGCCUCUAGAAAUCACUGGCCACUUUAAGAAAUGGAACACUAGUCACUUAAUAAUGUUUACAUAUCUUGCAUUACUCAUCUCAUAUGUAUAUACUGUUUUCUAUAAUAUUCUACUGUAUCUUAGUCCAUGCCGCUCUGUCGUUGCUCGUCCAUAUAUGUAUAUAUUGUUAAUUCCAUUCCUUACUUAGAUGUGUGUGUAUUGGGUAUAUGUUGUGAAAUUCUUAGAUAUUACUGCAUUGUCGGAGCUAGAAGCACAAGCAUUUCGCUACACCCGCAAUAACAUCUGCUAAACACCUGUAUGUGACAACAUUUUUUUGAUUUGAUUUAUUUACAUUUUUACAAUUUAGCAGAUGCUCUUAUCCAGAGCAACUUACAGUUAGUGAGUGCAUACAUUUUUCAUACUGCCCCCCCCGUGGGAAUCGAACCCACAACCCUGGCGUUGCAAACUCUUCCAACUGAGCUACACGGGGCCAAACGCCAUUUAUAGGUCUAUGUAGCUUAUUAUGCAGACGUCCCGGUUUUGAUCCUUCGCUUGUUUGUAACAGUUUCAAAGACUUUGGCAACAAACAUUUGUAGUCAACUUUGCUGUGAAGCUAUUGGUGGUCACAGAGAGACAGAUAAACAUCUUCUAUGUUUAGCGGAUACAUCCUGUGUAUAAAGUGACGUGGUAGGGCAAAAAAGCAUCUAACGACGCCCUUAGCUGUUCUGUAUGAGACAGACGGUAAAUAACAAGCGUUUUGAAGUGCAACGUUAGUAAUGAUGGUUUUGGGAAACACUUCUGAGAUUUAACCAUGCUCCUACGAAAGUUCGAACGAUUAACGUAGCCUUAAGAUGCUUUCGGGAAAUCGGGCCCAGAGCAUUUUAUAUAAUAUAUUUGAAACCGGUUCCGUUUGUUUAAAUGGAGGUGUUUUAUGAUUCAUCCCACAGUAGUCAAGGAAAGAGGAAGGACGGUGGUGUGUGUUUUUGUGUGCGUGCGUGCGGUGUGUGUACGCGAGUGUGGGUGUGAUGUUAUUUAGAUGAAAACAAAGCAUUCAGUCACACUCUCAAAGCAUUGGGCACCCACCCAUGUGGCAUCCUGUUAAAAAAGCAUCGGAAAUGAAUCUGAGAUAUAUUUCAUGUCUACAUUAAAAAACGGAGCGUUUGAUCAUUUCUGUUAUAUGGCAGAGAGAGAAAGAGAGAGAGAGAGAAGAGAGAGAGAGAUAGAGAGAGAGAGAGAGAGAGUGAGAGAGAGAGAGAGAGUGAGAGAGAGAGAGAGAGAGAGAGAGAGAGAGAGAGAGAGAGAGAGAGAGAGAGGCCACCAUCUACAGUAUCUGCUCCUAAAAGCGUGCACCGCUGGACAAAAAAUGACAUUUACAUCAUUUAGCAGACGCUCUUAUCCAGAGCAACUUACAGUAGUGAGUGCAUACAUUUUCAUACUGGUCCCCCGUGGGAAUCGAAACCCACAACCUUGGCAUUGCAAGUGCCAUGCUCUACCAACUGAGCCACAAAGAACAUGAAAUGAGGAGGGAACAAACAGACUGAGAGAAAGUGAGACGCUGGUGGUGGAAAACUUGUUGAAAGAGAGACUAAUAGUCUUAUUGGGGGGAUAAAGCAGUAGUCUUGUUAAUUUUAAAUAAUGUUCCUGUUUCUUCAAAGAGAAGACCUGCAGGCUUUUAAUCUCAACACCUUUUAUUUUGGCAGAAAGGAACGAAGACGUGUUCUCACUUUCUCUUUUUUCCAUCUCUUUUCUCUCUUUCUUUCUUCCCUUAGUUAAUAAGAAAUAUUCUUGAAUAUUAAAAUGAAGUCCUGUUAAUAAUAUAAAGAAGUUUGAGUCUCGACUCGUCUGUGGCAAUAAUUGAGUCCCUUGAGUUUGAGUAUUGGCACUGUAGAGCCAAGUGUGUGUUUGUGUGUGUGUGUGUGUGUGUGUGUGUUUGUGUGUAUGUGUGUGUGUGUGUGUGUGUGUGUGUGUGUGUUUGUAUGUGUGUGUGUGUGUGUGUAGGUAG